GCGGAGGAGGAGGAGGAGGAAGGGGACGAGCGCGGCGGCGGCGGCGGAGGCGAGAAGCCGUGCCUUCCACCUCUCCAGCUCCGGCAGGACGGGGGCGGCCGCCGCGGGCCCGGGGCGGAGACAGCACGCAGCCUCGCGGCACGCACCCCCGCCCGGCAGCGGCCGCGACACCCGGGGUGAGCGGGAAAGCGGCGGCGGCGGCGGGGGAAGGAUGCAGGGGAAGAAGCCGGGCGGCUCGUCGGGCGGCGGCCGGAGCGGCGAGCUGCAGGGGGACGAGGCACAGAGGAAUAAGAAGAAGAAAAAGAAGGUGUCCUGCUUCUCCAACAUCAAGAUCUUCUUGGUGUCCGAGUGCGCCCUGAUGCUGGCGCAGGGCACGGUGGGCGCCUACCUGGUGAGUGUCCUGACCACCCUGGAGCGCAGGUUCAACCUGCAGAGCGCAGACGUGGGCGUGAUCGCCAGCAGCUUCGAGAUUGGAAACCUGGCGCUCAUCCUCUUCGUGAGCUACUUCGGGGCGCGUGGACACCGGCCGCGCCUCAUCGGCUGCGGUGGUAUCGUCAUGGCGCUGGGCGCGCUGCUCUCGGCGUUGCCAGAGUUCCUGACCCACCAGUACAAGUACGAGGCUGGCGAGAUCCGCUGGGGCGCUGAGGGCCGUGACGUCUGCGCUGCCAACGGCUCAGGUGGCGACGAGGGGCCCGACCCUGACCUCAUCUGCCGCAACAGGACGGCCACCAACAUGAUGUACUUGCUGCUCAUUGGGGCCCAGGUGCUCCUGGGCAUCGGUGCUACCCCCGUGCAGCCCUUGGGGGUCUCCUACAUCGACGACCACGUGCGGAGGAAGGACUCCUCGCUUUACAUAGGAAUCCUGUUCACAAUGUUGGUAUUUGGACCUGCCUGUGGAUUUAUUCUGGGCUCUUUCUGUACCAAAAUCUACGUGGAUGCAGUCUUCAUUGACACAAGUAACCUGGACAUCACUCCAGACGACCCCCGCUGGAUUGGAGCCUGGUGGGGUGGCUUUCUGCUCUGCGGUGCCUUACUCUUCUUCUCCUCCCUCUUGAUGUUCGGGUUCCCACAGUCCCUGCCCCCACACUCAGACCCUGCCAUGGAAAGUGAGCAGGCCAUGCUCCCAGAAAGAGAGUAUGAGAGGCCCAAGCCCAGCAAUGGGGUCCUGAGGCACCCCCUGGAGCCAGACAGCAGUGCCUCCUGCUUCCAGCAACUGAGAGUGAUCCCAAAGGUCACCAAGCACCUGCUCUCUAACCCUGUGUUCACCUGCAUCAUCCUGGCUGCCUGCAUGGAGAUUGCAGUGGUGGCUGGCUUUGCUGCCUUCCUGGGGAAGUACCUAGAGCAGCAGUUUAACCUCACCACCUCGUCUGCGAACCAGCUGCUUGGGAUGACUGCAAUCCCAUGCGCCUGUCUGGGAAUCUUCCUGGGUGGUCUCCUGGUGAAGAAGCUCAGCCUGUCUGCCCUGGGGGCCAUUCGGAUGGCCAUGCUUGUCAACCUGGUGUCCACGGCUUGCUACGUCUCCUUCCUUUUCCUGGGCUGUGACACGGGCCCUGUGGCUGGGGUUACUGUUCCCUAUGGAAACAACUCAGCACGUGGCUCGGCCCUGGACCCCUACUCUUCCUGCAAUAAGAACUGCGAAUGCCAAACUGACUCCUUCACUCCAGUGUGUGGGGCAGACGGUGUCACCUACCUGUCAGCCUGCUUUGCAGGCUGCAACAGCACGAAUCUCACAGGCUGCGCGUGCCUCACCACUGUCCCCGCUGAGAAUGCGACCGUGGUUCCCGGAAAGUGCCCCAGUCCCGGGUGCCAAGAGGCCUUCCUCACCUUCCUCUGUGUGAUGUGUGUCUGCAGCAUGAUUGGUGCCAUGGCCCAGACACCCUCAGUCAUCAUCCUUAUCAGGACAGUCAGCCCUGAACUCAAGUCUUAUGCCCUCGGAGUUCUUUUUCUCCUCCUUCGUUUGUUGGGCUUCAUCCCCCCACCACUCAUCUUUGGGGCCGGCAUCGACUCCACCUGCCUAUUCUGGAGCACGUUCUGUGGGGAGCAAGGCGCCUGCGUCCUCUACGACAACGUGGUCUACAGAUACCUGUAUGUCAGCAUCGCCAUCGCCCUCAAGUCCUUCGCCUUCAUCCUCUACACCACCACGUGGCAGUGCCUGAGGAAAAACUAUAAACGCUACAUCAAAAACCACGAGGGCGGGCUGAGCACCAGUGAGUUCUUUGCCUCUACUCUGACCCUAGACAAUCUGGGGAGGGACCCUGUGCCUGCACACCAGACACAUAGGACAAAAUUUAUCUACAACCUGGAAGACCAUGAGUGGUGUGAAAACAUGGAGUCCGUUUUAUAGUGACUAAAGGAGGGCUGAACUCCGCGUUAGUAAUCAAAGGGUCAUUUUUCUUAAGAAAAAAGAAAAAAAAGGUUUCCAAAAAAAAAAAAGAUCAACACACACAGACAUAGGCGUGCACACAUACACACACACACACACACACACACACACACAACCUUUGUCCUUUUUCUCAAAAUCAGAGCCAGACAGGAUUCAGAAUAAGGAGAGAAUGGGAUUGUCCUGGAGGACGCUCGCACUGCUGGGGCUCAGAGUCUACUUUGGAGGCACCUCAUGGUUUUCAGGAUGCCGACAGCUGCAAGCAACAGGCACUGCCAAAUUCAGGGAACAGUGGUGGCCAGCUUGGAGGAUGGACAUUUCUGGAUAUGCAUACACAUACAAAACAAAAAUUACAAAAAAACAAAAGUCUACUAAAAAAAACCACCAAUACAAGUUCAAGUUGAGAACAUUGCCAGAUUAAGCACUAGUGACAUAUCCGGUGCCACCCUCUCCCUCCUGGUGGGGGUGGGGAGGUGCACAAGUUGGAGGGGUGGAAGCCCCACCCCUCUCUCUAACUUUUGCAAUAUGGGUCACUGUGUAGACGAUUCACCCAGUCUGCAUGUGGUUCAAGGCCCCAGAGUUCUCUCAGCGAUGCUAAUGGGUGAUCCGUGCUGGAGUGUGUAAUUGGCACCUCUCACCAGCUCCAUUUUCAUGUUCAAGACUGAGGGUCCAAGGGGGAGCCGGGUGGGAGGCCAGCACCUCCCCUUCCCCUGGCAGCACCUCCCUGUGGAGACGCCCACCUCCCCCCUGCCCCACAGAGUGACCUCAGGAAGCUGUGGGCCUUGUCUGGCUAUGACUGACCCGCUCAGAGCCGGUGAGCCCCAACAUAGUCCAAGUCAUUUGCUUACAUUUGCCAAACAUUUUGCCAUUUUUUCAAAAAAAAAAAAAAUAUGAUGAUAUGAAUUUCAAACUGUUGUAUGUAUAAUCCUCUAAUACUAUUUUUAACUACUUCUAAAACCUGUGUUAACCCUUCAGUCACUAACACAGUUCUAUAGACCGGAUUUAUUACACUGAUUGCUUUUACUUUUCUCAUUUUUUUAAUGCACCAAAAAUAUAAUGUGAUUCAAGGGAUGCAAUUAAUCUAUUGUAAUUUUUAUCAUUUUAUCCUCACUUAGAUAUCCUGCAAAAACAAGAAUAUACAAUGUGUUACAAGGAAAAAAAAAUGCUUCACAAAGGGUGUAUAUGCAGCC